AUGGUUCAAGAAGCUGUUGAAAGGUUUGAUUAUUCGGUAAGGAGCAGGUAACAUAGUGACAUAUAGUUAUAAUUUAUUUGUAUUAUUAUGUUAUUAUUGGUACUGGUUUAGUAAGCUUUUGGUUUAAAUGAUACUGGGCCAGGUAGAAUUAACUUUUUGUAUUUCAGAGUACAUCAAAGCUAUAUACGCCAACAUAUUUCAACCGUACCUAUAACACGUACAACAUAACUUAUGAUCGCAAUUCCGAAAAUUAUACAAGUAAGAUACACAUAUUUAGUGAAAAAGUGGAUACUUUCCUUGAUUUUUGAUCCAUUUAUGGUAAAAAUGCAAUUUCAGUUGUGAUAUUGUUCUACCAACGAGACAAACAACUUACCUACACAUUGUCAACAUUUGCAAAGCUUGCCAAUCUUCAUAAAGUAUUAGUAGUGUGGAAUGACGUCGAACGAGAGGUCGAUCCCGAUUUAAUACCUGUAAGUCGAGUUUUAUGUUAUAUGUCUAUAUAUAUUGUACACCUUGGUAUGUUAUGCUCAGUGGCCGGCGAGCGAUAUUGGUCUGGGUAGUGGAAGAAACAAAAUUUUUUUUGGUUCAUUAGGUUGUUCAAAUUAUGCUGUGCCUCUUGUUAGUUUUGAAAGUUUGCUUUGGCAGGAGCUCAGAAUUAAUUGAACAACUUUGAUAAACUUUGGUAUGUUAUGCUCAGUGGCCAUUGGGCGAUAUUGGUAUGGGCAGUGGAAGGCAAAAAAAUUUUUUUUGGUUUAAUAAUUUGUUCAAUUAAUUCUGUUCCCUCUCUUAAAGCAAAUAUUUUGGCAUUUUAGGUAUUGCACGUGUCAAUAGUAGUUUUAAAAAUGACGAAAAAUUCGCUGAACAACCGCUUUCUGCCAUUUGUGGAGAUAGAGACUGAUGCCGUGUUGAAUAUGGACGACGACUUUAAUGUUGAUCAUCAUGUUAUUGAGCUGAUGUUUGAGUAAGAAUUGCUUUGGAAAAGAAGCCAGAAAUUUUAAAAAAAAAUAUAUAUAUAAUUUUAAGAUUGUUAAUUUCAGUGUAUGGAAAUCGAAUCGUCGUGCAAUUGUAGGUCCGAAUGCUCGAUAUGCUUCAGCUUCUUUGAAUUCUACAAAAGCUGUUUACGCUAUGCCAGAGAAUGGAGUGUACAACAUUAUACUUACUAGUGGUACCUUUAUUCACAAAGUAAGAAAAAUGUAUUUUUGAAAUUUGAAUUAAAAAAAGUAAUUUGGUUCAAAAAGUAAGGAGGAAUGGUUAGAGAGGUCAUAAAGUAGAUACAAGUUAUUAUUGAGUAUGUGAUUACUGUAAUUGUACCUUUUCUAUCAAUUUUUUUGAUUAAAAUGUUAAGAUAAUGUAACAUAAGAAGUGUUUCUGGUAUUGGAUAAUUUUUGAAAUUUUAAAAAAUACUUUAUUUCAAAGCAUAUUAUAUCUGACUCUUUCCAGGACAUCCAUCUAGCCUACACUAUCCUGAUGAGCCCUAAAAUACGAAUUAAAGUGGACCAAAUUACGAAUUGUGAAGAUAUUGCUAUCAACUUUUUGGUCUGCCAUUUGUAUCUGGACGCUGCCACAAUAAAAGUAACCGGCAUUCAAAAUACCCAUGGGAAGUAUGCCAAUCACGGUCUACAUCAAAGAGGAAAGUCACAUUACAGUAACCGAGAGAAAUGCGUCGACGAAUUCACUCAGUUGUAUGGGUAUCUUCCUCUAGUCAGUAGGAAGUGGAAAGUUGUAUAA